CCAUUAUUCCACGACCGGGAGCUGACAUGCCAGUACCGUACCAACAACCGGCCAUAUCUGCUGCUACAGCCAGCCAAAGAAGAAGUGAUGUUCCCGAAGCCACGAAUUGUCAUCUACCAUGAUGUUUUGUCUGAGCAUGAAAUGAACGUCAUCAAGACAUUAGCACAACCUCGGCUGAGGAGGGCGACAGUACAGAACUACAAAUCUGGGGAGUUGGAAACCGCCAGCUACCGUAUUAGCAAGAGUGCCUGGCUGAAAAAUGAAGAGCAUGGUGUAAUAGCCCGUGUUACCCGAAGAAUAGAAGACAUCACGGGACUGACUGCAGACACCGCUGAGGAGCUUCAGGUGGUCAACUAUGGAAUAGGUGGCCAUUAUGAGCCUCAUUUUGAUUUUGCCAGGAGAGAAGAAAAGAAUGCUUUCCAAAGCCUUGGGACUGGCAACAGGAUUGCAACAUGGCUCAACUAUAUGAGUGAUGUGUCUGCUGGUGGUGCAACAGUGUUUCCUCAGCUGAGGUUGACCCUUUGGCCAAAAAAGGGUGCUGCUGCUUUCUGGUACAAUCUGCAUCGUAGCGGUGAGGGGGACAUGCUCACUAGGCAUGCUGCCUGCCCAGUUCUUGCUGGCUCGAAAUGGGUCUCAAACAAAUGGUUCCAUGAAAGAGGCCAAGAGUUUCUCAGGCCAUGUGGCACUCGCAUCAACCAGUGACGUACAGCACAAGCCCAAGUGUAGCAAUGGCAGUGCAGUUAUAUGGAGCACUGACUUCUGCCACGUCCACUCUGCAAGAAGUCAACACUAGACAAGCUAAGCAAUUACUCCUCAUAGGGAACAACCUACAACUCUGUGCCUUGACAACUCAACACUGACACCUACUAUCAAAGCCCAUGAAUAUUCUUGACAUUUUGCAGCUUUUGCCAUCCAGCAUUGUAGCAUUUAUUUUGUCAAGCCUUUAGCUUACAUUUUGAAUUGUUCUUUGUCAUUCAGAUUUAUUGUGCAGGCCACAAUAUCAUGAACAAAAAGGUCACAAUUGAGCAAAAUAUUUCAUCUUUGUACUUCUGUGUUUUAGAAACUGUGUAAUUGCAUUUAUGCCAUGAGCUUUUUCAGGAGACAGUACACUCCUGAUUACUUAGAAAGGAGUGCAAGUUUUACUAUACCAUAUUCGUCAAGAGGCCCUGUAAUGCUCAUGUAUUCCUUAAAAGGAACUUUUAUACC